UCCACUUCCACACCACACGGCCCGGCACCUGCCUUCUGCCGCUUCUCCCCCCUUCCAAUUCACGGCGCGCCCACCGACCCACCCGCCGCCCCAGAGUUCCCCGUCCAUCCUCCACGACGACGCGCCACCUCACCGUCGCCUCGAACGUACUUUCCCUUCCCUCCCCUGUUCCCGGCCAUUACUUAAUCCGGACGCAAACACCCCAGCCCAGUCUUCUCCUCUCACAGUCCUGCGCCCUGCUCUGCUCCUGUCCAAGCUUCCAGCUCGAGCCGAGCAGAGCCGCCCACGAGUCGUCCGCCCCCGCACAUCUCGUCAAGACUCGAGGAGCCACCAGCCCCACGACCGCCUCGCCCCGCGCGCACCGAGAGAUCCCCAACUCCCGCGCGCCCCGCACGGCAUGCCGGCCGACCCAACCUCCGGUUAAACCCCCCGCCUUGCUGCUCAUUUUAUGGCGCUCACCCGCGGGCGCGCGCGCACUGCCCCCGCCGUCCCCAGCGCCUGCUUCCUCCUGCUCCUCGUCACCUCCUCCUCACUCCUCGCCCCUACCAGCAGCCGCGCGGCGGAGUCCGAGGGCGGGUCAAUUCUCCUCGGUGCCGCCUCGUCCGCCUCCGGGAAGGGACGGGGCAACAGCUGCGAGGAGCUGCCGUCCAUCCGCGGCGGGGAGGCCCGGUGCGCGUACCUCCGCGCGCACUCGCCCUGCUCCCCCGCGGGGUACGUCGACUACCUCCGCCUCUUCUACUGCGCCUUCGCCGGCGCGCCGGCGGCGGCCGCGUGCGCCGCGCUCGCGCUGUGGCUCGUGGUGCUCUUCUACCUCCUGGGCGACACCGCGUCCGAGUACUUCUGCGCGUCGCUGGAGGGCCUCUCGGCGGCGCUGCGCCUCCCGCCCGCCGUCGCGGGCGUCACGCUGCUCUCGCUCGGGAACGGCGCGCCCGACGUGUUCGCCAGCGUCGUGUCCUUCGCGUCGGGCGACGGCGGCGGGGUCGGGCUCAGCAGCGCGCUCGGCGGGGCGCUCUUCGUCUCCACCGUCGUCGCGGGCGUCGUCGCGCUCGCCGUGGGCGGCGCCCGCGGCGGGGUCGUCGUCGAGUGGCGUGGCUUCGUGCGCGACCUCUGCUUCCUUCUCCUCGCGCUCUGCUACCUGCUGGCGGUGCUCGUCAACGGGGUGAUCACCGUCUGGGUGGCCGUGUCGUUCGUCUCGCUCUACGUCGGCUACGUCGUCCUCGUCUGGACCUCCCACUGCUGCGCCGAGAAGGGCAAGCCGGUGGACGAAAGCCUCUCCGCGCCGCUCCUCCUCGACGACGACGGCGACGAAGACGACGUCCCGUCGCUGCCGUCCCACUCCAAGACAACUGAGGCGUCCAGCACGGCCACGUCGAGGGGUAGAGCGAUGCUGCAUUGGCUCGCGGGCGCGCUCUGCAUGCCGCUGUACCUCCCGCGCCGCCUCACCAUUCCGGACAUCGCCGGGCACCGCUGGUCCCGACCCUACGCCGUCGCCUCCGCCGCGCUGGCGCCGGUCCUCCUCGCCUUCACCUGGACCUCCUCGCAGCGCCACAACCCGAUGUCGUCGCACAGCGUCGCGGUGCUCGUGGGCGGCGCGCUCCUGGGCCUCCUGCUCGCGUUGCUCGCCGCGGCCACCACGGACGCCAACUCGCCCCCGCGCGGCCGGAGGCGCCGCGUGCCGUGGCUCGCGGCGGGGUUCGUGAUGAGCGUGCUGUGGGCGUACACCCUGGCGCGCGAGCUGGUGGCGCUGCUGGUGUCCAUCGGGUACGUGGUCGGGAUCAAGCCGAGCGUGCUGGGCGUGACGGUGCUGGCGUGGGGGGACUCCCUGGGCGACCUGGUGUCGAACGUGGCGAUGGCGGUGCACGGCGGCGCCGGCGGCGCGCAGACGGCGGUGUCCGGGUGCUACGCGGGCCCGCUGUUCAACACGGUGGUGGGGCUGGGCCUGUCGCUGGCGCUGGCGGCGGGCGCGCAGCACCCGGCGCCGUUCGUGGUGCCCGCGGACGCGGCGGCGUACGAGGCCGUGGGGUUCCUGGGCGCGGCGCUGGCGUGGGCGCUGUUCGUGGUGCCCGUCCGCGGGAUGCGGAUCGACCGCGUCUACGGGGUCGGGCUCAUCGCCAUCUACCUCUUCUUCUUCGCCGUGCGCGUCUGCGAGACGCUCGGGCUCUGGAGCUAGGACUUGGAGCACCCGCCGUGACCGACAGUGACACUCCCCCCCUGCCCUCGUUCGUUUUUUUUUCCCUUGCUACUGAUGAUCGUUAGUAAAGAAUCCAACUGACGAUGGUAGAUCUAGAGUGAUGGUAAAUGAUAUGAUAGUACAGAAGGGAUGAAGGGUAGAUAAUCUUGUAUAUAUACUGUAGUGGUAGCACUGCUCCACACGUAGGAGUAGGUGUUGAUUAGUGUCCUGACAGAGAAUUUGUUUUCCCGUCCUCUUGUGUUUUGGAAGGGGUUCUUGUUCUGACUUCUGACCGGAGGAUGGCCGACAAUUGUAAUAUGUUACUGUUCCUGACUGAUCAUAGUAGCUCAUAAGCCCUAAGCAGCAGAGUUGUUAUUAGUGGAAAUAAUGUAAAGACUCGA